AUGUCCGGUGACGAAGCUGAAGUCACUCAUUUACAAUCCUUCCUUAGUCAUUCAUAUAUCGGUGUUCAAAGGUCAGGAAGGAGUGGAGUCUCUGAAUUUCCUGCGGGACCAUCUACAUGCAAACGACGACCUAAAUGCGGGAUGGGAAUAGGUCAGGGCUACCACAAAGACCUUUCAGAUAAAACCGCACAGUGUAUUGACCAAACUGCAGGAACCUGGCAGAGUCGUGGCCUAGGACAACUGAGUCGUCGCGCACACGGCAAUCCCUGUAGGUUAUGA